UCCGGCAGCUCCACAAUGGUACAGCCAGCAUCUUGCAGCACAAUGGUUGCAAGGUGGUGAGUUGAGGGAGAGUGAUUCAGCAUCAGCUCGACUCUGUCCAUCUCUGCUUUUUUCUUUUUUUUCAAAAACAUUCCCCCAUCACCCCCCCCCCUUUUUUCGCCAUAUCCCCUCAUCCUCAGCCAUCUAUAUGAAGAUCUAACUGAACCCUGCAGCAAUGAUCCCUGCAAUGUUGCAUGGUGGGAUGUUUUGAAAAAGGACUAUCACCGGACUGGGAUCGGCAUCAGCUGGCGCGGAAUGGUAUUUAUGAGCAGACAUUUCUUAUAUAACUGCAGCCAACCGAUCCUGGAUGUGAAGAUAGCCUUUUGUCAGGUGUGUGUUCCUUACAGGUAAAAAAGGGUUUUGGAAAACAAGUGGAUGUGUCAUAUAUUGCCCAGCAUUACAACAUGAGCAAAAGCAAAGUGGACAACCAUUUCUACAGUGUGGAAGUGGGAGAUUCUACCUUCACGGUUUUAAAACGUUACCAGAAUUUAAAGCCCAUUGGUUCUGGAGCUCAGGGAAUUGUCUGCGCGGGCUAUGAUGCCGUCCUGGACAGAAAUGUGGCCAUCAAGAAACUGAGCAGACCCUUCCAGAACCAGACUCAUGCCAAGAGGGCGUACCGGGAGUUGGUGCUCAUGAAAUGUGUUAAUCACAAAAACAUUAUCAGUUUAUUAAACGUCUUCACACCACAGAAAUCAUUAGAGGAAUUCCAGGAUGUGUACCUAGUGAUGGAGCUGAUGGAUGCCAAUUUGUGCCAGGUGAUUCAGAUGGAGCUUGACCACGAGAGAAUGUCCUACCUGCUCUAUCAGAUGCUGUGUGGUAUCAAGCAUCUUCACUCAGCCGGCAUCAUCCACAGAGACCUCAAACCAAGCAAUAUUGUGGUGAAGUCAGAUUGCACCCUGAAGAUUCUGGACUUUGGUCUGGCCAGGACUGCAGGCACCAGCUUUAUGAUGACCCCUUACGUGGUGACUAGAUACUACAGAGCACCAGAGGUCAUCUUGGGCAUGGGCUACAAAGAGAAUGUGGACAUAUGGUCAGUGGGGUGCAUUAUGGGAGAAAUGGUGCGCCACAAAAUCCUUUUCCCAGGCCGGGACUACAUUGAUCAGUGGAAUAAGGUGAUUGAGCAGCUGGGCACACCCUCACCAGAGUUCAUGAAGAAGCUACAACCCACAGUGAGGAAUUACGUGGAGAACAGGCCAAAGUAUGCAGGCCUCACUUUCCCCAAGCUUUUUCCUGACUGCCUUUUCCCUGCCGACUCAGAGCACAACAAACUCAAAGCUAGCCAGGCCAGAGACCUGCUGUCUAAGAUGCUGAUCAUCGAUCCCGCUAAGCGGAUAUCUGUAGACGAGGCCUUACAGCACCCCUACAUAAAUGUGUGGUACGAUCCGGCUGAGGUGGAAGCGGCCAGUCAUCUCAUCCAAAUAUCCAUGCCUCCACCUCAGAUCUAUGACAAGCAGCUGGAUGAAAGAGAACACUCUAUUGAAGAAUGGAAAGAACUCAUCUACAAAGAGGUGAUGAACUUUGAGGAGAGAACGAAAAAUGGCGUUGUGAAGGGACAGCCUUCACCUUCAGGUGCAGCCGUGAACAGCAGCGAGAGCCUCCCUCCCUCUUCCUCCAUCAACGACAUCUCCUCCAUGUCCACCGACCAGACCCUGGCCUCAGACACCGACAGCAGCCUGGAGACUUCGGCGGGACCCCUGGGGUGUUGCAGGUGACUAGCCGCCUGCAUGCGCAACCCCGCGUUCUUCCGAAGGUGAAGAGACCCCGUUUGGAAAGCAACGCACCACUGAAAAGGCAGAGUGGAAAAUACCAAAAAGGAGAAAAAAGAGGAAAAUAGUAUGCUAAGAAAAAAAAAGUUAUGGAAAACAUUAACACAAUCUGAAGUGAUUAAAUCUAAAGCCUGUGCAUUGCCAUUCAAAAGCAGCAGUGGUAUUUAAACUGAAAUAAACCAGAUAUAUGUUAAUGAUCCUCUAGGCGCUUUGCUUGUAUUACCCCACAUAUCUUGCGUAUGGCAUCCGAGCAAAAUGACCAAAUGCUUCGACUUGCAUCUCCUGUAAAGUGCAUAUUGACUGGCUGCAGGUCUCCCAAACCCUCACACAAGCACUGGUGCGUGGAUCAUCGUGGCAAGGUGGGCUACCAUUUAGCACCCAACCACCAAACAAUCUGAGCGUCCUCCUCUUGCCCUCCUUACUCAAGCCUUAUGUAAUGACACCACCCUUGUUGUUGACCUUCCCUGGCAUAAAAACGCCAAAUUGGCACAUUUUUUAUGCUGGACAUGUAGUCGCCCUCCCCCAGAACAGCGCCCCCUGUGCUACCUGUAAAUAUGUAAUUCUGUACAGCUGGUGGGCACGUGAAAUGGGACUGAUGGCCAGUACACUUGAUUUUUAGUUUUUAAUGACUAGUGCGCCUUGCCACAUCACCGCUUUCUGCCUGAGUUGCUCCCGCCUCUAGCUGUACUCCUGCAUGAUUAGAUUUAAAACAAUACUUGUCUCACUGUAUGUUAAAACGAGUCUUUAUAGAGACUUGUGUUUAUAUAUAAACUAACUUGAGACAUGGAGGACGUCUGUGAAUGACAGGCAAGCAGAUCAGAUGGCUAAUUCAGUAAACGUCAUGCCUGAGCUUGGGAUGAAAUGGUCAGAAUGCUCUUACUUUUCAUUUUGAUUUCAUAAAAGAACAAAAA